AUGAUUGAUCCCAAAAGGGUGAUGGAAAAUGCUGUUUCUGCAGCUUCCGAAUUUGAAGCUGUGAAAAAUCAAGUUGCCUCCUCUAGGAAUGGGAUUGGUGUCAUCAUCCCGCCCUCUGAAAUCUGGAAAUCCCCUAAAAAUGGUGCAAGAAAGGUCAAUUUUGAUGAUGCCUGGAAGAACCAUGACGCGGAUCUGGGUGUGGUGAUGAGGAAUCAGAACAAGGAGUUUUGCCCUGGAUACGCUAGAAAGCGCAGCUGUAACAGUGUCCUGAAUGCUGAAACUGAAGCUCAUUGA